UACCUAGAGUGACACAUCCUAAGCCGGCUUAUCGAUUGACUCGCGCUAGUUUGAAUGCAGCGACUGAGUCAUUCAGGUGUUGUUCGCAAAUAUCUUAAAUUUAAAUUACUUCCUUAAUUUUAUAUUUCGACAAACUGGAGCGAGAGAGGAUUCAGCAAACAUUGCUUUGAACUCAAAUCACAAGAUGACUGAAAACGAACCUGCACGGUACGUUGCGCUAAGUGACGAUAGCUACAGUUCGUCUAAGCAGAUGUUACCUACUGCACCACCACCACCACCACCACCACUACCACCGCGUGCUUGCAUUGCUGCGCGUCGUAAAAUGUCUGAAGAAGAUUCAAAGCGUCUCAUGAAACGAUAUCGUGAAGAGGCCUUUCGUCUUGACGAUGGGCGUCUUGACAGCAAGCGUCGCCGGGAGGUUGCGAGUGCAGCCAGCAGUCGGGAUACCCCACCACCGCCGCCGCCGCCACUGCCACCAUGCCUGGGACGAGUGCCCCCGCCGACACUACCGCGGGUGCGCCUGCUGGCCGCUAGCCCAGUGCUACGUCCUCGUGUCAGACCGCGCCGGCACUAAAGUGUGCCAUGAACAUGCUCAUCUAAUGUUACAUAUACAUGUAAACCAAUUUUUAUACAAGUUAUAAAUAUGUGACCAUCAUUCCACCAGGGGCCCUUAGUCUGCUAUUACAAUUGUGUCACAAUGGUCGAGUGCAAGAGUGACGGAGCUAUGUAGGUUGUAUAGCUCCAUCCCUCUUGCACUGCUCAGUGAUCGACCAUUCUGACACAAUUGUAAUAGCAGACUAAAGCCCCAGGUCUCUUAUGUAUAUGUUUUAGAUGAUUAAACAAAAUGAUGAACUCUUUGAGAUUGUCAGUAUGUAUAUGUGAGGACCAUGUCAGAUCAAAUUGUCCCUCAGUAUAUUAACAUAGUAAGUUCUACCAUCUGUGUUGCGCGUUGCAAUGUCUCUGCAUUGUUCUCAUAUAUAUGUACAAUUACUGAUUGGAAAAAUGUAUCAGAGAAAUUGUAAACAUAUAUAUUUUUUAAAAGUAACGAAUGGAGUUUCUUGCUCGUUCUUCUCCAUUCGAAGAUACACUUUGGAAUGAGCACCUAGCUUCACUGACGGACUGACUGACAGACUAUUUUUUAUUUCUUUCUUUGUUGACGUUUUAAAGUACCUAAAUAUAUGGUUUAAUUGGAAUAAAUGAUUUGAGUUUAA